CAACUCUCACAUCCCCGACUCAGUGCGAUUUGAGUGAUUUUCUUUUAUCCCUAUCACUCUAAUAGAGUCGACUGAAUCGUCGUUCUCAAACUACCUGAAUUAAAGUUUCCAUCUCCAGCCGCUAGGAAAGCCACCAAACGAAACCUUCUCCCCGCAGCUUUCCAAGCAAUUUGGAAUAGAGUACCAGACAAAGGACUGGUGUGGUUGCUUUGACUCUACGAAACCCUUGAAAAAAAGGGAGCCUCAGACGAUCGAAACACCCUUACAAAUACUUGUGUGGACACCAGCAACGGGGGCAAUUGACAACGGAAUAUCCAAAAACGAACAUGGCGCCCAUCCACAAAACACCCAGCGAAGAAGAAAUCGCAAAAACCCUUGGCAACCUCAAGCUCUCGCCCUCACACCCCGAGAAACCGCUCAAGAAACCCAAAUCCAAGCCCGUAGCCGACAGCUGGGACGACGACGACGCCCUCAGUUCCUCAGACACCGAAACAGAAACCAGCAGUUCCAUACAAAAAAGGGGCAAAGUAUCGCAAGACGGCGGUAGUAGCAAAUCCUCACCCCAAGACGCCCUAAAACCCCUCUCAACAACAACGUCCCACGACACCGACGUGCCGCCCAACCCCCCACCCCCGACUCCGGCCUCGCCCACGCAAUUCGAGUACCCACACGGCGACAGCAUGGGGUAUAGCAUUGGGGUCGAGGGACCGCGGAGUAGGAAUAGUCCUGCGAGCCUGGAUAAGCGGCCGGAGAAGACGACGGCGGUGGCGGGGAGGAUGAUUGCGGGGGCGUUGGGGGUACGGGCGCCGAGGAGGACGGAGGAGGAGAGGGAGUAUGAUCGGGUUAUGAGGGAGAAGGAGAGGAAGAGACGGGCGGAGGAGAAGGAGAGGGAGAAGAGGGAGGCCGAAGCGAGAGAGGCGAGGAAGAAGGCUGUUUGGGAUGAUUAAGAGGAGAAAUGGAGUGGUCGUAUCAUCUAGACGUUUGAAGGACAAGUAUGAAGCCUCGUCGUUUUGUAUAUAAAUAUAAUAUUUACAGGCAUGUACAAUUGACCUUUUG